UGAGAUGCCAAAAUGAGCCCUUCAGGCGUCCUGGUGGUCCUGUUGUGUGCGUUGUGGUGCGAGAAGGCCUUCGGUGGCGCGCCAUGUCCGUGCAAAGACAGGUGCAAGAACCCGAAGUCGACGCAUUCAUCAUGGCACGCAUUCAUCUGCAGAUGCAUGGCAGAUCUCCCUUCUGUUUGUGUGUUGUCCACCACAUUUCAGCCGUCUGUGCGAGCCCGUGCAGCGAGUGCCGUCCAAAGAGGUGUUUGGCUUCGGCUCGGCCUCGUGGCGCCAAUACGACUGGGACGUCGUCACGACGUCUGAAAGAUACACACCCGAAUGUGUGCUGUGUAUGCGAUGUGCUCGUUUGCAUCAUCCAUCAGCAUUGCCUGGGCGAACGAGUCGGACACUGAGCUGCUGUGCCACGCACACAAGCACAAGUACAGCCACAGAGAUGGUGCACAUCGAGGGGUGGGUGGGAUCACACGUGCAUGUGCUUCUGUUUGUUUGUCCAUCCAGUGUGCGGUUGAUAUCAGCGGCGAAUCGGCCGGAGAAGGCCUUCCUGAACGGCUCUGAGGCAGCCAUGGUCGAGUGGGUUCGGUACGCUUACACGAAUGCACACACACAUACAAACGGUGCACGGAAAAGAGUGUGUGUGUGUGUGUGUGUGUAGGUCGACCGUUGCUCGUCUGUCGUCGAUUCACUUUGACGGCGUGACGUUCGACUACGAGGCGCCGAUGGACCCCACCGACACCCACACACAGAUGAAAUACGCAGAGGUAUGUGCUGCACGGGUGUGGACGGAUCCAUGGACAUCGUGUGUUGUGUGUGUAGCUGGUGAAACGGACCAAGGAGGCGCUUGCGAAAGAGCGGCCCGGCUCACAGGUAGACAAGCAGGCAGGCAGGCAGGCAGACAGGCCUUGUGUGUGAAAAUGGCUAUGCCAUGGAAAUGUCUGUGUGGUGUGUGUUUGGCGUAUGUGUGCAGGUGUCGGUGUGUGUGCCGUGGUCGCCGUAUGACAUCGACCAGCGGUCCUAUGACUGGCGGGCUCUGGCUGAUGCUGCCGACUUUCUCUAUGUCAUGGCAUAUGACAUACAGAGCCAGGUACACGUUUCUAGCUCUGCGUGUCACAUGGAUUCGUGUGUGUAUGUUUAAAUCUGUGUGUGUGUUUACGUCAAUGUUUGUGUGUGUGUGUGUGCAGAUUCUUUCUCGGUGCAUUGCGCAGCCGAACAGCCCCAUUGAGGCGGCGAGAUACGGCCUCAAUGCCUACAUGUAAGUGCGCACCCAUCCACACUCCCUCACAGAAUGACGGAUGUCGUGUGUGUGUAUGCGUGGGCAUCAACACACAUACAUCCGCCCGCCCAGGCGUCUGUCGAUCCCGCCUUCCUCUCUGGUGCUGGGCGUGCCCUUCUACGGCUAUGUCUACGGGUGGGUGCAUGUGCACAUGUGGCUGACCUGACUGCAAGCGCCCAUCUACACGUGACAUAUGUGUGUGUCACUGUCACUCACAGGUGCUUCAACACGACGAUAGGCGACACGCCCAUCUGUGCGAUAGAGGAGGAUCCAUUCAGAUCAGUGGCAUGCUCCGACGCUGCGGGAUCACAAUGGUACACACGCACACACACGGAUGCAUAUCGAGUACACACCUCUCUGUCUCCGUCUCUCUCUGUGUUUGGAUGUGUGUAUGCAGGCCGUUCCGUGACAUGUAUCGUGUCUACAGUGGCGAGCUGGCGGGCGUGUGUGUCUCUGGUGUGCAUUGGGACGAAGCCACCCAGUCACCCUGGUUCAACUUCUACAGGUACACGCACAACACAGACACACGGCCCCACCCACAUCCGACUGUGUGUGUGUGUGUGUGUGUGGAUGCAGCCUGACAGACACCAAGCUGCAGCAGCAAGGGGAGAACAAGAUGAUGUUUAGACGGUAUACAGAGGUGCACACACACACGGCUGCCAUGGCUGCAUCUAUGUGUUCAUUUGUCAGGUCGUUAACACCUUCUUCGUGCAGUGCCACCAUCCAACCCCAACACAUACCCGUGCGGCAGGUACGCACACACACACACGUGUGUCUCAUUUACACCCACACUUCCUCCAUCCAUCCAUCCAUCCAUCCGUUCAUUCUCGUGCACAGGCGUGGUUCGACAGCCCCCGCAGCAUCAGGGCAAAAGUCAGAAUGGCCAAGGAUAUGGGUACGUACUUAAGUGGGGGUGCACAUACACAUGGCCAAAUCCAUCUCAAAAAUCCAUUUCAAUGGCGUGUGUGUGUGUGUCUCCAGGUCUGCGUGGUGUGGGUCCUUUUGCCUUCGACCAGCUGCUGCCUCGGGACGGCGCUCAGAUCAAGGCCUCGCCCGGUAAUUCAGCAUUCUCGUGCGCGCGUCCAUCCAUCCAUCCAUCCAUCCAUUCCUCAAUCAGUGUCCCCUUAUGUGUGUGCAGGGUUGAAGGAUGCUGCUGGGGAGUUCUGGGGGGCGCUGGGAGAGAUACGACAAGCCGAUGCGAUGACGGCAACCGGCCAGUAGAUGGAGACGCUUCCUUCGCGCCAACGCAUGUGCGUGCGUGUGGCUAUGCGUGUGGCUGUCCACGUGUAAGUGAUGAUUAGCUUGCCUAGUGGUGCGUGGUGUGUGUGGUAUGUGGCAUCCGGAAAGUAGGUCGUUGUUGCUGUUUUUCAUUACAUGUCGAUACAACGUCAUGCUACAUAGGGCUGUAUUGGGUGGGCCAUUUGGACUGCUCGGGACGGACAGAGACAUCACGUCAUGAAGCUGUCUUGGCGUUCAUCCAUCUACACAGCUGUUGUUCGAAAC